AUGUUUUGGUUGAUCAUAUUUAUCACAUGGUCAAUAUUCUUUUGGGAUUUCUAUCUUUCUAUACGACAGUAUCGUGUCCAUCGUGAUGCAGUGAAAAGGCCAGAUGAAGUGAGCGAAAUAAUGAGUGAAGAAGAAUAUCGAAAAGCUCGGAUAUAUAGACUUGACAAACAUCACUUUUCUUUCGUCUACUCUAUAUAUUCGCAGCUAGAGUUAAUGGUUAUUCUGAUAUUCUAUUUACCUCAAAUUUUAUGGAGCAAAAGUGGAAAUUUCAAUCUGAGAUUUGGGUUUACAAGCGAAAUUGCACAGACAAUAACCUUUAUAUCAUUAGUAUCAAUUAUCGAAUGUCUAAUGAGUAUACCAUGGCAGCUUUACGAUACAUUCGUAAUUGAGGAGAAGCACGGGUUUAAUAAACAGACAUUGGGUUUUUUCCUAAAAGAUAAAACUAAAAAGACGAUAAUAUCAUUAUUCUUAAUGGCACCGAUAGUAGCUGCAAUUGUCUAUAUUGUGGAACGUGGAGGACCAUAUUUCUUCCUUUAUAUUUGGAUUUUCCUCUCAGUUGUCAUUUUUCUUUUGAUGACGGUUUAUCCUGAAUUCAUAGCGCCUUUAUUCGACAAAUAUGUUCCACUUCCUGAGAGUGAACUGAAACAAAAAAUCGAGAAACUUGCUAGAAGUCUAAAUUUCCCACUGAAGAAGUUACUCGUUGUAUAUGGUUCAAAACGAUCAGCACAUAGUAACGCUUAUUUGUACGGUUUCUGGAAUAAUAAACGUAUCGUACUUUAUGACACGCUAUUUGGUGAAGAAAUGAGAGCAAAAUUAAAGGAAACUGCUUGCUUCCCUACAGAAAAUGAGGAGAAAAGCUAUGAUAAGGGCGAUGAGGAAAUAAAGGAACGCAAAUUAGGUAUGCAAGACGAUGAAGUUUUAGCCGUGCUAGGCCAUGAAUUUGGACAUUGGGCUUUAUGGCAUGCAGUUAUCCAGCUCUUCUUUGCUGAGAUAAAUUUGUUGCUGCUACUUGCUAUAUUUGCGAAGUUCUAUCAAUCUACUUCACUUUUCCAUGCAUUUGGUUUCUAUGAUUCAAAACCAAUAAUUAUCGGAUUUAUGAUCGUUUUCCAGUACAUCACAGCUCCUUAUAAUGAAUUGUUCUCAUUUCUAGCGACGAUAAUGUCGAGACGUUUGGAAUUUGCUGCGGACCAUUUCUCAGAGAAACUUGGUUAUGGAUAUGAAUUGCGUAAAGCAUUAAUUAAACUUGGCAAGGAUAACUUGGUUUUACCAAUUGAUGAUCCGCUCUAUUCGAUGUUUAAUCAUUCACAUCCACCAGUACUAGAACGAAUUGCUGCACUCAAAAAAGUUAAAUGA